AUGAGUGAGUGCCCACGCCGUGAGGUGGGCGACUCGUGGCGGAAGGACAAGCCGUUGGUGGAAGGCCGUCGCUCGCAGUACACUUUUGCAACCAACGUUGCACCGGAACGCAAGUCCUUGCAUUACACCUCAUCCAACACCUGCACCAACAGCGUUACGGCGGCAAAUGAUAAUAAUGCCGGCAACGGCGGUAGUAAUAAUAGGUACUUUGCUUCUGUUAGUGGCGUGAUCGCCAGUAGGAGUGUAUCCGCGGGGAGAAUGAGGGCACCGUUGUCAUCUGCCGUGAGAGCUGCCGAUGGACGCGUUAGUUCGACUAAUUGGGAAGAUCCAGCAGGGUCGCAAACCACGACUUCAUUACUAACAUCUUCAUCGCUGCCAUCGCCUUCGUUACUGCUACCGGAAAGGCCGAUUUCCAUUACAGAAGCACCCGUGAGAUCAACCACUUGUCAUCCUCAUGGAAACAUGAAGGAUAAAUAUGUGCGGGCAAGGUCAGUGAUGGCCCCAAUGCAGUCAACACCGCAGCUUGGGUCAGUGACGUGCAGCAGUGGGCGGAGAAUCAGUACAAGUGAGGGGGUACGUAUUCCAUAUGGGGCUGACUGGCUUACAAGUGAAAGGAUUUCGUCCGUGCAAAUUAGCCCACGAGUAAGCAGUGGUGUGACGCGUAGCAGUAGUGGUAUCCGCUGUGUGGGUGCUGCAAACAGCAAGUUAGGGUUUGCAACACACUCACCACAAAUGCGGGUCGUUAACAGCUCUAGAUCAGCGCUUAGUACAUAUGCGCGCGGGGGGGAUGUGCGCGAUGCCAUCCCCGCUGGAAGAUACCCGUCUGUUAAUCCUUCCAUAUCAACACCCACUCGUGUGGCUUCUGCUCGUAAUGGAGAGAGUGGGGUAGCCGCGGCUACUCUCACAAAUGACGUUAUCCACGUGGCAGCUCCUCGAGCCACGGAAACAAAUAACAACAGCAACAAUGUGAAUACAGAAGUCGCGGCGACUGCUGUUCCGGACACAACACUCGUUGCCUGCAGUGGCGCACAGGGCAUGGUUGUAUCUGAUAAGUGUAUGUUCUGUACUGAGAAAUUCCCCGCACCAGCAGAUGUUUCCAGGCGCCUUUCCUUUGACGAUGGCUGUGGCGGUGCGGCGGAACCGAACAGUUCGGUUGAAUCCAGGGGCGCUGCUAAAAUGCUUGUAGAGGUAAGUGCCCGACUUCCGGAGCAUGCGAGUGCUUUAGCCUCCGCAGACAGUCGGCACCGGAAGGAGAUGUCGAGGGUUAUCCCAGCACCGGUACAGUUACGUGCGGGGCGCGAUGCCGUCACGGCCACCAUUACUUCGACCCGCGGAGUCGUUGGUGGUACCGAUAACAGUUGCACCCAGGAGGCGCCAGUGGCGGGUGAGGUGCAAGCGAGGUGUAGAACGCUGGACGGUAGGGCGAAGUCAGAGGAUCUGGGGACGAGGCUGACGGAUCUCUCUCAUUUGCAUAGCUACGUCGGCACACCCGUCGGUGGUUCUGGGCAAAGGCCGUUUAUUAGACACAGCGUACGGGGUGUGGAUAGUGGUCGAGCGAAGCUCGCGGUCGCACCGUCACUGGCCGCGCUGAGGGACCAUACGCUCCGUAGUGCGCUGAGACCCGGUUAUAACUUAUGGUCUGGGCGCUACAGCAGGAGUGUGACGCAAGUGAGACUUGGAAGGAGCCAUAGUGCCGGGACAAGGCUUACGUCAUCACCGUCAGAAAACGGAAAGCCACUGUUCAACAACGGUAGUAGUUGCUAUAGUACGCGCAGUCAUGUCCAUGAUAACGGCACCGCUAAGAGUAGCAGCUGUAAGCAGGGGGAGGAGGAGGAGGAGCAGGAAAGCGGUCACGCAGUGUCUGUCACUUUGACAACGGCAGGCGGUCGACUGGAGCGGGCGGCGCGCCGGCCGAUACCUCCUGCCUCACAUCGGAACAGGCCAUGCCCUCCCGCCGACACCACCGCUGCUAGUCAUAGCGUUGUCCCCAGUGGCCGCAACACAAUUAACAGGACUUCUUCUGAACCCAAUCCCCCCACGGAAGACAGGAACAGCACUUACCUUUCUGGGCCAAAGCCGACUCCAUCUAACUUUUCUGGUAUCGUACACCGAAACAUCAAUGUGACGGCCUCCUUAAAAGGCGUUGAGACUGUACCAUCCUUCGUGCGGCGUUCGAGCGGUUUGUGUCCGCCUGUUGAGCAGGAGUUGGGCAACAGGCUCAGGGUGGAGUCACAUCCCGUGGCUCGCGGUGCGGCGCGGGAAAGCGGUUACUUGUGUGUCGCCUCCGUCCGUCUCGCUCGUUGUACAUCAGGGCGGAUUGGGCCACAGUUGUGGGACUGCGCGCAUCGGGAUGACCGGUGCCCCCAACAGCGUCACAGUUUCCCGGUCGCACCACUCCAACGUUCCGCCACUGCACCACCCUCACGACAGCGGUUGUUAAAGGUUGAAGAAGCCGGUCCCCCAGUUGGGGACGCGGGUUCAGUGAAUGCCUCGACGUCCGCGGCCUCGAUUCUCCUGCGUAUGCGAAGUGGGGCCUGCCAGCAGCGGGUUCGGGUGCAAACAAGUCAUCAGAAUAGCCGAGGCGAUGUUCACACAGGUUGUGGAAAAGGGACGAAAGGCGAAUCGUAUGGUGUAGCUGAUCAGCCCAAUCAGCAACAUAAAUUCAACAGAGGUAGUGGCAGUGGCAGUGGGAGUAGUGCUUGCUGCUAUGGGGUAAGUGAUAGCAACACACCCGGGGAGGUGACGGAGCGUGUAGAAAAGUCACAUGGAAGACCUGAAGAGGCCGAACGUACAAGGCCAUCGUGUUCAUUACGGGGUUAUGAGCUUCAUGUGCACCGGAGGGACGAAACGGUAGAUAAAACUGCGGGUAUUGCAGAUGACGAUGUGCAACUUAGGGAUAGAAUCAUCAAUAACACACACAAUAGCAGCGACGGCAUGACAAGUCAUGCGAGUUUUGAGCGAGGCACGAAAGACAGCAGACAGCAUGUGGGCUACAAUGAUAGAAUCAGGGAGGGCUACGAUGCUGACUCGUUUAGCGAUGAUUACUAUGAUGAAUCCGACUGCAGUGACGAGGACUCGUGGUGGUUCUUUUGGCACUUCUGGAGCGGCCCCGCCAUCGUUGUGUUUCCUCCGGCUUUUGUGCCACCGCUGAAGCUCGACAAUCUCCGUAUUCCUAAUGACGAUUUGGCGCUAACGAGGUACGCUAUUCCGAUGCCAACUGCUGUACAGCGGUCGCCCACGAGAACGCCCUCAAUUCCUCCAGUCAAUGUUAUAGCGCCACCAGUUGUCAGCGCGUUUUCUUCUUCUUCUGCUUGCAGCGGUUCACGUAGGAAACGAGCGAGCGAGAUUAAGCAGGCUAAGCCUUUGGUGGAAGGAAGGAAGGAGCGAGAAAUUAACAUUAAACUGCUUUUGUUGGAAGCGGCGGAGCGGCGAGAGCGACGUUUAGUGCACCAGGAAGAGGCGGCGGAUCGAAAGGCCCUGCAACAACAGUGGGCAAAAAAGUUAGAAUACUGA